ACUUUUGACACUGACAGCUGAUAUACGUUGAAAGAAAUGGUUUAUGUGUAGAUUUUAAUCUUAUCCGAUUGCAACAAAUAAAAUAAUCUCUAUUGAAGAGAUCUCCGUGAAAAAGAAAACAGUCAUGACUUCCCCAGUUGUAGUGUCAGCUUCCGCGAAGCAAACUGCUACAUUAAUAUUUCUUCAUGGGUUAGGGGACACCGGCCAUGGAUGGUCAAGCACUAUGGCUGCCUUAAAACCUGCCUACUGCAAGCUUAUAUGCCCCACAGCACCAAGUAUGCCAGUAACAUUCAAUGCUGGUUACACAAUGCCGAGUUGGUUCGAUUUGAGAUCAUUAGAUGAUUCAGGACCUGAAGAUGAAGAAGGUAUCAAAUCUGCAACCAAGAAAAUUCAUAAUAUGAUCGAUGAAGAGGUUAAAAGCGGCAUUCCUCACGAUAGAAUUGUAAUUGGAGGUUUUUCGCAAGGUGGAGCUCUAGCUCUUUACUCCGCUCUGACAUCGCCAAAGCAACUUGGUGGAGUUAUAUGCCUUUCUGGAUGGCUGCCCCUGAAUAAGUCAUUCCCAGGCGCCAUGAAGUGUCCAGAUACACUUCAGAUACUUCAAUGUCAUGGAGAUUGUGAUCCUCUUGUCUCUUUCAAGUGGGGACAAAUGACUGCCUCAAUAUUGAACACAUUACUUAAAAAACCAGAAUUUAAAUCUUAUAGAGGUCUUUUGCACUCAUCUUCAGAAGAAGAACUCCGUGAUGUGAAAGAAUUCAUCAGUAAUAGUCUUCCCCCAGUUUAAUCGAGAUCCAAAUGCAAUUCUAUCAUAAUAGGGUACUUCUCAAAGCUAGUGUAAGUCCAUUGAGAGCAUAGUGAAUAUUAAUAUAAGAAAUGAACAACCUCUUACAUUCCUUGAGCAUCGAUGUUUAAACAAAUUUUAUAGAAUAAUAUGAAUUUUGUGUGUUUUCUUUAGAAAUAAUGUUUUUUAUUUGAAACCACAUAGUUGAAUUGGCUUAUUUUAAUUAUAAUUAGAAAUUGACAACCAAUAUUCAUAUAUAGCUUAUUAUCAGUUCUUAUUGAAAGAACUUAUAGUUAUAGAUACAAUAGUAAUUUAUUAAACUGAAUAGUGCUCAAGUAAAAGUAGCUAAUUUUACCUCAUUCUUUCUGUAUCUGAACAAACCUUAUGAACAAUUUGCUGGAGCAAAAAUAAAAUAAGGAGUCUGAAGACCCUCUUGUAUAUUUGAAUAUAUUAUAUUCAUUAAUAAAA